ACAUUUUUUUAUGUUGUUGUUUGAAUUCAAAAUAUGGUGGCACGAAUUGUUAUAGCUGGUGAAUCACAGUGUGAUGUCUUUGCCCAAAUUUGCCUAAUAGCAAAUUUUUUGUCUCAGAAUCUUCCCAGUUUUUGCUACGAAAGAAUUGAAAAACCUGUGUUGGAAUGGAAGGCAUGGCUCUGUAAAAUUAAUCAAAAAAAUAAAUGGCAUCAUACUGGCUCUCCACUUGUAUGGAAAGAAUUAUUGACAACAGGAAGUAAGCCGUUGUAUAUUGGAGGAGCACCUGAAUUUAUGGAUUAUUGCAAUUCAUAUUAUGAUUUAGAUGUGUUUAUGACAUCCGAUACAUAUGAAAACUUGGUAUCGAACUACAGACAAUAUUACAAACGAAUUAAACAAGAAAAUAAAACUAAAUCUAAGAAUGAAGUUGAAUUCGAUCUAGAAGAAGAACAUAAAAAUUCAUAUGUCAUAUGUAUUACCGGUGCAGGAAAUCCUAUUGCCAUGCAUAUUAUUUCUGGUCUACUUGAAACAACCUUCGAUGAUAAAAGUAUAUGCAAGAUUUACAUCUACGAUGGCAAAUGUUUACCUUCAUUUAUGGAGUCUGUUGAACGUGAAUGCAGUUAUAUUGGAACAAAUUAUCCUCCCAGAGUAGUAAAAUAUGUUGAUAAAAUUGGGGUUGCUCUAACAAAUACCGACGUUCUUAUUGUUUUAGACCAUGUCCCGUUAAGUGAUACAAUGUCGAUAGGGGGGUGGCUCUAUGAGAAUAAAAAAGUAAUGGAGAAAAUUGCAUUAAUGAUAAACGCUUCAGCUUCACAGACAAUGAACGUUAUUCUUCCUAAUUUAGGACCUGCUUGUUUUAAUGCAACAAUUUUAGCCCAAUCUAUAACACACAUUAGCAGACACCAUAUCGUUGUUGCUACAUCAGAUUUGGGUAUGGAAGCAGCACCUAUAAUUGCAAAGAUAGCUGAAGUGCCAAUGAGAAAUAUGUUUUGCCCUCCGGUUUGGGGAUUCGUUGGGAUUAAUCAUUUAAUAGAUGUUAAUAAUACAGUUCAUAAAUAUAAUGGAUUUGAUCCCUAUAGCAGAUACACAAAAGUUCGUAAUUCAAGCUUGUGCAUUGGGAAACUAACACCUGAGAUGAGAACACUAGAAUAUCUUUUGUAUUUUGAUCAAUCUCUAUGGAAUAAAAUUGCUGAUCAAAAGGCAAAAGGUGCGCAAAUUCAGACCUUUUUAAAUAAAAGUACAGCCAUUAUUGACUUGCUCAAAAUAGGUCUAUUUGAUAGCUAUCCUCACGAUGUUAUAGUUAAUAUUGGAAUACGCUGUGAUGGAUCGUUUGGAUUACAUUUUAAUGGAUAUUUUUCUCAACCAUGCCGCUACGUAAAUGGUAUUUGGAAACCAGCAAAGCAUUAUAUGCCUCCCAAAGAUCGUGAAAUAAAUAUCAAAUAUCUGGAGGAUAUAGCUAAGUUUUGCAUGAAGUUGCAAAAAAAUGACUUACCCCCUAUUAUUCCAAGAAAGAUAUGUGUAUGUAAACCAAAAUAUUUCAAAAAGAAGAAAGUUUGGUAAAACUUGUCAACACAGAUAACUAAACUAUAUUUAACUAGUGGUCUACGUCGGCUUCGCUCGUGGUACAUACAUACCUACGUAGUAUAAAGAGAACUUAUACUGUGAAUUGUGAUAUAUAGCACAUAUCAUUUUGGUAAGAUUACGUUAGAAAUUCAAAACCAACGGUGAAAGAAUUUUGAAAUCGGUUGAGCAGUUCUAGAGAUGAACGCGCCUACCAUUG